CAUGAGUUUCACCUAGCGGACGUAGCGAAACGUCUGAGUCGACAUUCCACCUCUUCAGGAUAGCGUUGUUCGAAGAAAUCCAAAUCAUUACCACGACAGAUUGAGAUGUCUAACGGCCAGGCACAACAGAUUCGGUGGCAUCACCAAAAUCAGCCACAACAACCGGAACCACAACAACUUUUGCAGCGACCAGUACAAUCACCGGAACGACGGCGAUCGGUCACCAGGAAGAGGAAUUUGGAGUGCGCUAGGGAUUUGGAAUGCGACAGGUGUGCGCGGAUGUUCCCAACCAAGAGGUUCAUAGCCCAGCACUUGGCGCCGGACAAACGUAAAUGCCAAAUGUGCUGCAAACGGUUCCGACACGUUAGCAACCUGGUGAACCACGUGCGCGUGCACACGGGCGAAAAGCCGUACACGUGCGCAGUAUGCCGUAAGUCGUUUGCACAGGUGGGAAACCUCCGCACGCACGUCCGCGGCGUCCACUCCGGCCACACACCGUUCGAGUGCGACGUCUGUGGCCGGCAGUUCACGCAAAUGGGCAACUUGGCCACGCACAAACGCGUUCACGACGCUGACAAGCCGUAUGCGUGUAACGAGUGCCGGUUGUCGUACUGCCAACAAUACCAGUUAGUUAGACAUCAAAAGAAACACCGCGAAUCCGUUUCUCGUGGUCCUUUGCCACCGGAAACAGCUUUCCCGCUAUCUCAGCGCCAGUAAAAGAAUCGCGGUUAAUUGGUCAUCAUCAUAAUCACUAAUCAGUAUUAUUAUAAUUAUCAACAGAUCACGGCGUACGUCUCACUCCCGAAGGUCCGGAAAAAAAGUUAAGACGCGCAACUUAUUAUAAUAUAAUAUAAAAAAUAAUAAUAAGUAUAAAAUGUAUCCUAUUACUAGAUUCUGUGAUCAUACAUUAUUUUUAUGUUAUU